GUUGUUGAGAGAUCGGACGGAAGCAAAAAUGGCGACAUUUCAAGGCACUCAACAAAAAUGCAGUGCUUGCGAUAAGACUGUGUAUUUGGUGGAUAAGUUGAUGGCUGAUAAUAGGGCCUUCCAUAAGGCUUGCUUCCGAUGCCACCAUUGCAGGGGUACUCUCAAGCUUAGCAACUACAACUCUUUUGAAGGGGUGGUAUACUGUAGGCCUCACUUUGAUCAACUCUUCAAGAGAACUGGCAGUCUGGAAAAGAGUUUUGAAGGAAUACCAAAAAUGGCCAAGCCUGAAAGACAAAAGGAAAACGAGAAUGCAGCAAAGGUGUUGAACUUGUUUGAGGGCACCAGAGAGAAAUGCAAGUGUUGUAACAAGACUGCUUAUCCUAUUGAGAGGGUCACUGUGAAUGGAACAGUAUACCACAGGAGCUGCUUCAAGUGUACUCAUGGAGGUUGCACGAUUAGCCCAUCAAACUACAUAGCACAUGAAGGGAAACUCUACUGCAAACAUCACCAUAUCCAACUCUUCAAGGAGAAAGGGAACUACAGCCAGCUUGAGACGAACGAUCGUGAGAAACAACAAAACGCCACGACCGAUAAGGUCGCUCCCGUGGAAAUUGCUACCGAGUCAUGAGAA